AUGAGCAGGCAAAGUAUCUAUGACCUCCACGCCGGAGCUUCGCAAGUUAAAUGCGCAGGUGGCAUCUGCUUUUCCCUCGACCUUGAGGGGGCGUUCGACAACGUCCCUCGCACUGCUCUUGCCACUAGCCUGCGACGCCUCGGGGUCUCCGAAACGCUGGUUCAACUCCUCAUGCAGUUCCAUUUUGAGGCCAGGUAUCACUGCUCAGUUGGCGCUCAUGAGGACUAUGUCACGACCACACGAGGCAUCAAACAAGGCUGUACCGUCGCGCCGUAUUUGUUUGUGGCACACACAAUUGCGAUCAUAGAUACACUGGCGGAACGCCUUAGCUGGGACUGGGUUACGCAGCUGUUUACUUUCUACGCCGACGACGCCUUAGCAGCCUGGACGUUAAAAAGCGCCGAAGACCUUCAGGGUGCCAUCGUUGGCAUCCAAAAAGUCGUGCAAACUUUUAACGACCAUGGUAUGACUCUCAGCGCAACCAAAUCAGUCGUGCUGUGUCACGCCAAGGGGGCAGACGCGAUUAGAAUCUUACAGAAACUUAAGGUCUUCAAAGACAAACUCCCGCACCUUGCAUUUAUGCAACACGGCGAGCAGAUUCUGAUCCCCCUUAAGAAAACGCAUCAGUACCUAGGAACCGUCAUUUCCUACCGAGAUGCCCAGGAGAAAACUGUUCAGCUACGCAUGCGUAAAGCAAGGGGUCAAUACAGCCAGCUUCGUAAGGCCAUCAACUCCAGACGUGUUACGCACAACCGCCCCAGGUAUCAAAUCUGGAGAGCCGGGGUCUGGAGCUCAGCUGCGCACGGGCUGCUGGCGGUGGGCGUUAGACCCACGGGACGCAAGCAUCUACGUGCAAUGGCUGCCAGACAGAUGCGCGCUAUCGCCAAAAAGCCAGCGCAUCUAACCCUGGUGACAAAUGAGCAGAUCCAGAAGCAUCUUAAUGCUGAGGAUCCCCUGCAAGCACUCGCUCAACAAGGCCAGAGGAUGCACGACGCGCUUGAGAUAGUUGCAGCAGAGUGCCCCAGCGACAUAAGGGCCCUUCCAAAGGUCCGGGCGCAGCUCGCGCUGGCUAUCAACUCACUCCAAUCAGUGAGUGCAGGGGAGCAGCUUCCUGACGAUAAGGAGUCAGACCCUUAUACCUGUCCGCAUUGCAGUCUGCAAUUUCGCACCAUCACUAGCCUUCGGCAGCAUAAGGCAUGGAAGCACCCAGAGGCUAAGCCAGAGCUGCUCCAUUUUGAUCCGGCAAACCAUGCCCUGAAUGGUCUGCCACAGUGUCAAGCCCCGUCUCCUCAGAAAUGGCACCUGCCCUUGGUGCGACAGGACUACACUGUGAACAUGACGACGGAGGUGGUGAGCGUCUUCGGCAGCCUACUACCGGGGCUAGCGACGAACAUGAGAGAGACCUCGAAACAGCCGAGAGACAUGGACCGGGAGACAGAGAACGCACCGAACAAGCGACCCAAAGCGGCCCGGCGAGGACAGCGGGGAGGCCGGCGGCAAAUUGCAGACGAGAACCUGAACUCGGUGGUGACGCUCCUGGCAAAUCUGUCGUUGCAGCAGGAGGACGCCCUGAACCGUCUACGCCUGGACACACUGGACACAUCCUUCACCUUUCACCUCCAGCAACAAGGCCCAGGAACUAUAUUGCUGCCGCUUUUCAAGGCGGGGCAGGAAUGGCAACAAAAAUAG